AUGCCUCGUCUCUUGGCAACGCAGUCUCAUGUUGUACAUGGGUAUGUGGGAAAUAAGGCUGCAACAUUUCCUUUGCAAUGUCUAGGCUGGGACGUGGAUUGUUGUAACAGUGUCCAGUUUUCCAACCAUACCGGAUAUGGUUUAGAUAAAGUGUUUGGAACUAUAACGAGGGAAACAGAUUUGAAGGAACUCUUAUCAGGUCUUUUCGAUAAUUUUUCCCAAGACUACCAAGCUUUACUUUCAGGUUACUUACCCAAUAAGAAUUCUGUUCGAUGUAUGGGAACGUACUACGCUAAAUUUAAGGAGGCAAAUCCCGAAAUCAUAUGGCUUAUGGAUCCUGUUAUGGGUGACGAGGGACAAUUAUAUGUUAGUGAGGAUGUUAUACCAGAAUAUAGAAAGCUGGCUUUGUCUCCAAAACAGCUGGUUGAUAUAAUAACCCCGAAUCAAUUUGAGCUGGAGAUACUUUAUGGGGAAAAAAUCAAGACUAAAGAACAUUUGAAGAAGGCGUUAGAGAAAUUACAUCGUACUAUCCCAGUGAUUAUUGUCACGUCCUGUGACUGUAAGAUGUUUGACGACCAAGAAUUCAUAUAUUGCGUAGCUUCAAUGGAGGGUAAAACACCUAUUGUUUACAGAGUGCCGUUUAUUGAUUCGUAUUUCACUGGGGUUGGUGAUUUGUUUUCCGCUUUGUUAUUGGAUCGAGUGUAUAAAAUCUUGUCAAACCCAACAACAACAUUGGAAUUCGAAGACCAAGUCAAUAAUGUUUUAAAUGUUAUUCAAAAGGUUUUGAAAAUCACUAGAAGCUAUACUUCAGAAAAAACGAAAGCCAAAAUGGGCUCCGCUUCGGAAAUGAAGGAAAUGGAAUUGCGUAUUGUUGAAUCAAGAGAUUUAUAUGAAACAAUCAACGUUCAUCAAACGGAUUAUAUUUACGCAAGGUUGUGA